CUCUCCUAUAUCUAUCAUCGACUACCAUUCUCCACCGCAGAUUCUCUAUCAAACGCUUUUUUCCUCCAUUUCUUGUCCUCUUUUCCUUCUCUAAAAUACAUACUGUUUCGCAUAUUCGGUUGUCGCUUUCUCUCUUUUUUGGAAUAUAUAUAUAUAUAUAUAAAAUCUAUAAAUAUCUUCGUACCUUUCUUCUCAUUUAAAUAUAAUUCAGUUUAACAAGCUCUUCCACUUCUCAAUUUUCAUAACCGAGAUUCGAUUUUUCUGCAAGUUGCUUUAUUGAAUUGCUUCACAGAAUUCUUGAGGAGGAUUGGAGUCUGAAUAGUACGGUUCACACAAAGUACUUUUAUAGAAGUACUAGGGAUGACGACUACAGAAAAAUCCAAUGGUGCUACUGGAUAUGGCGUUGCUGCAAAGAUUCCAGCCUCUGCGCAUCCAAUGGCCGGAGAACCAAAAGAGAUUGCUUCUAAUAUCAAUUACCACGUACGGUACAGUCCUCAUUUUUCUGCUUUUAAGUUUGAGCCAGAGCAAGCGUACUAUGCAACAGCAGAGAGCGUUCGUGAUCGCCUGGUACAGCAAUGGAAUGAGACCUAUCUUCAUUAUCACAAAGUUGAUCCAAAGCAAACAUACUAUCUAUCAAUGGAGUAUCUCCAAGGACGAGCUUUGACUAACGCAAUUGGAAACCUAAACAUUCAAGAUGCAUAUGCUGAUGCUUUGAAUAAGUUAGGUCAUAAACUCGAGGAAAUUGUUGAGCAGGAGAAAGAUGCAGCACUAGGGAAUGGUGGUCUGGGAAGGCUUGCAUCAUGCUUUCUAGACUCUAUGGCAACUUUGAAUUUGCCUGCAUGGGGCUAUGGUCUGAGGUACAGAUAUGGGCUGUUCAAGCAGCGGAUCACCAAGGAGGGCCAAGAAGAAAGUGCUGAUGACUGGCUUGAGAAGUUUAGUCCAUGGGAAGUUGUGAGGCAUGAUGUUGUGUACCCUGUCAGAUUCUUUGGUCAGGUUGAGGUCCAGCCCUCUGGAUUUCGAAAAUGGGUUGGUGGAGAGGUUGUAAAAGCUCUUGCCUAUGAUGUGCCUAUUCCAGGAUACAAAACCAAGAAUACCAUCAGCCUUCGGCUCUGGGAAGCCAAAGCUAGUGCUGAGGACUUUAACCUAUUUCAAUUUAAUGAUGGCAAGUAUGAAUCUGCUGCACAGCUGCAUUCUAGUGCUCAGCAGAUUUGUGCUGUUCUAUACCCUGGCGAUGCUACAGAAAAUGGGAAACUCUUACGGCUAAAGCAACAAUUUUUCCUGUGCAGUGCAUCACUUCAGGACAUGAUCUGCACAUUCAAAGAGAGAAAAGUUGGGAAAGGCUCAUGGAAAUGGUCCGAAUUUCCUAGCAAGGUUGCAGUACAACUGAAUGACACACAUCCUACUCUUGCAAUUCCAGAGCUGAUGCGAUUACUUAUGGAUGAUGAAGGACUUGGAUGGGAUGAGGCUUGGGAUGUGACAACAAGGACAAUUGCUUAUACAAAUCAUACAGUCCUUCCUGAAGCACUUGAGAAAUGGUCACAAGCUGUAAUGUGGAAGCUUCUUCCUCGCCAUAUGGAAAUCAUAGAAGAGAUUGACAAGCGGUUUAUGGAGAUGAUACAUUCUACGCGACCUGACCUUGAGAGUAAGCUUCCCAGCAUGCGCAUCUUGGACAAAAAUCCCCAAAAGCCAGUUGUGCGGAUGGCAAAUUUAUGUGUGGUGUCUGCACAUACGGUGAAUGGUGUUGCCCAGUUACACAGUGACAUCUUAAAGUCUGAAUUAUUUGCAGACUAUGUGUCUAUAUGGCCCACCAAAUUCCAGAAUAAAACCAAUGGUAUAACUCCUCGUCGUUGGCUCCGUUUUUGCAGUCCCCAGCUCAGUAAUAUAAUCACCAAAUGGUUAAAAACCGAUCAAUGGGUGACCAACCUUGACCUACUUACAGAUCUUCGGAAAUUUGCUGACAAAACAGACUUCCAAGCUGAAUGGGAAUCGGCCAAGAUGGCUAACAAGCAACGUUUAGCACAGUACAUACUGAAAGUGACAGGUGUGACCAUCGACCCAAAUAGCCUUUUCGAUAUACAAGUCAAGCGCAUCCACGAAUAUAAAAGACAGCUGCUAAAUAUUCUGGGUGCAAUCUAUAGGUACAAGAAGUUAAAGGAGAUGAGCCCUGAAGAGCGGAAAAGUACAACAUCACGUACCAUCAUGAUCGGCGGUAAAGCAUUUGCAACAUACACAAAUGCUAAAAGGAUUGUCAAGCUUGUGUGUGAUGUUGGUGCUGUUGUCAACAAUGAUCCUGAAGUCAAUAGUUAUUUGAAGGUAGUCUUUGUACCAAAUUAUAAUGUUUCUGUAGCGGAGGUGCUUAUACCAGGAAGCGAGCUAUCACAACAUAUCAGCACUGCAGGCAUGGAGGCAAGUGGCACGAGCAACAUGAAAUUUUCACUCAACGGUUGCCUCAUUAUAGGUACACUAGAUGGGGCUAAUGUGGAAAUCAGAGAGGAAAUUGGGGAGGAAAAUUUCUUUCUCUUUGGUGCAACAGCAGAUGAAGUCCCUCAGCUGCGCAAGGACAGAGAGAAUGGACUGUUCAAGCCAGAUCCUCGGUUUGAAGAGGCCAAGCAAUUUAUAAGAUCUGGAGCAUUUGGAAGCUAUGAUUACAACCCACUCCUUGAGUCUUUGGAGGGAAACUCUGGUUAUGGCCGUGGUGAUUAUUUUCUUGUUGGUCAUGACUUUCCAAGCUACAUGGAUGCUCAAGCAAGAGUAGAUGAAGCUUACAAGGAUAGGAAAAGAUGGACAAAGAUGUCAAUAUUAAGCACUGCUGGGAGCGGCAAAUUUAGUAGUGACCGGACAAUUUCUCAGUACGCGAAGGAAAUCUGGAACAUAGAGGAGUGCCGCGUACCAUAAGCCAAAUUACAACCCUAUUAUGUAUUAACUGUCUUUAUGCUAUUUAUUUUAUUUUAUCAGAUUUUAUGCUGGAAAAAAUAAAAGAAAUUCAAAUUAGAAAAGCAAAAACAACAAAAACAUACGCUUAUCUAAAAGCAUCAUUAAUAAGCAGAAUGCUUUGCAUUUUAACUGUGUUGUGAGCUUGUCUCUAAAAUGACCUGCUUUCACCUGGAUAGCUUUUGAUUGUAAUUUUUAUUAAAGAAAGUAGCUAGUUGCUACCAGUUCUAUA